GGCGCGUUAAGCAUCACUGGUCCACGCGCUGCCUCCAGUCUCCUUGCAGUCGAAGGGAGGAGAGCGAGACAAUACGCAGCCCCUCCAUACAUGUAGUGAUGCAACUGUUGUAUUAAGGUUUCAUAUAUUGUAUAUUUCUAGAAUUCCUUCAUCUGAGAGGGAAGAGAACCCUUAGACACUCGGGACAGGUCGAUCGGCGCUUCUACGGCAGCAAAGAAUUCAAGAGCUGAAGACUGACUGUAGCAGAGUUGUAGGGCUACCGUAAAGCGAGCACUCGACGGUUUCAUUAGAUGCGUUUGCAGAGAAGUAAAGCAUGACAACAUACUCCGCGGGGUAAAACGACGACAUUAUGUUUUGACGAGACGAAUGGCGUACAGAGGGAUCUAUCAUAGCGACCAGCUUUAAGCCCCCAAAAUUACAAACAAACUAAAGGCGAAGGAUCGAUAGAGAGUGUCUCACGGAAUGAUGAACUGGCACUUCGGGCAUCGACACUUUGACCUGUGAGAGAGAGGAGAGUCCUAUAAUGGCCCAUAGGAUAAGCAGUAAAAAAACAACUGAGGAGCAUCUGUUUGUGGAUCCAGUCCAUGUCAACCUUCAGAGCAACCAGACAUCUUCCCACUAACACAUCUGACUUCUGCUGAAAGAUCCCAGUGAGUGUCUCCAUCAUGAGGCUGGUGUGGAAGUCCCUGGACAAGAUGAGGUGUUUCCGUAAACGCUCCACCAUUCCCUUUCUGGGGGUCCUGAUCACCUGUCUCCUCUUCCUCAACCUGUACAUGGAGGAUGGAUACGUCCUGGAGGAGGAUAAAAGACCACUGAGAGAGACAUCAAUGCAUCCUUCAAACACUGAGAGAUACGUUCACACCUUCAGAGACCUCACUAAUUUCUCUGGAACAAUAAACGUCACAUAUCGUUACCUCGCUGGGAACCCACUGCCCCGAAAGAAAUAUCUAACCAUUGGAUUGUCAUCCGUGAAAAGAAAAAGAGGAAAUUACCUCAUGGAGACGAUCAAAUCUAUUUUUGACCAGUCCAGUUAUGAGGAGCUGAAAGAGAUUGUGGUGGUGGUCCACCUGGCAGACUUUGACCUGGCCUGGUGUGAAAACCUGGUGCAGGACAUCUCCAGGAAGUUUGCCCACCACAUCAUCGCUGGGCAUCUCCUGGUGAUCCAUGCCCCUGAGGAGUACUAUCCAUCACUGGAUGGGCUGAAAAGGAACUACAAUGACCCAGAGGACAGGGUACGAUUCCGCUCCAAGCAGAACGUGGACUAUGCCUUUCUCCUCAACUUCUGCACCAACCUCUCUGAUUUCUACAUGAUGCUGGAGGAUGAUGUGCGCUGCUCACGGAACUUUCUGACAUCCCUGAAGAAGGUGGUCACCUCCAGGGAAGGCUCCUACUGGGUGAUGCUGGAGUUCUCCAAGCUUGGCUACAUAGGGAAACUCUACCACUCAAGAGACCUGCCACGCCUGGCCCACUUCUUGCUCAUGUUCUACCAGGAGAUGCCCUGUGACUGGCUCCUCAUUCACUUCCGGGACCUGCUUGCCCAGAAAGACGUGAUCCGCUUCAAGCCCUCCUUGUUCCAGCACAUGGGCUACUACUCCUCAUAUAAAGGGGCAGAGAACAAGUUGAAGGAUGAUGACUUUGAAGAAGACUCCAUUGAUAUCCCUGACAACCCUCCUGCUAGCCUGAACACAAACAUUCAUGUAUUUGAAAACUAUGACGCCACCAAGGCUUAUAGCAGUGUGGACGAAUACUUUUGGGGGAAACCCCCCUCUACCGGAGACUUCUUUGUUAUAGUCUUUAACAAAUCAACUAAAAUAAGCAAGAUAAAAAUUGUGACAGGAACGGACGAUCGUCAGAACGAUAUCCUGCACCAUGGAGCUCUGGAAGUAGGAGAGAAGCUGGUGGGGACAAAGAGAGGAAGGCAGUGUUCUUCCUACAUCACGUUAGGGGAGUUUAAAUAUGGCAACAUUGAGGUUCAAGACGUGGACCACAAGAUUGCCUUUGACAUUGAGUGUGUUCGUAUUGUGGUGACUGCCAGUCAGAAAGAAUGGCUGAUUAUUAGGAGUAUAAGCUUGUGGACUACACAACCUCCCAGUCAAUGAGGACAAUACAAAAACAGUUGGUUUAGACAACAGUUGGUUUAGUAAUUCAUUUGACAGUGUAUUUAUUUAUGUACUUAUUUAUGUAUUUAUUUUCACAUUAUUGCAUUUAUUUUAUCAUUUAUUUAUUCAUUUUAUAGUAUACUGUAUGUAUUCAGUCAUAUUUUGAUCUAGAAUUUUUUAUAUUUCAAGGUACCUUUAUCGAAUUAUACAGUUAUGGAAAUCAUCACAAUCCAUGUUUUUAAGGAUUGUCUGACUGACCUCUUUUAUGGGUGUGACCCGUUUUUAUGGGUGUGACCCGUUUUUAUGGGUGUGACCCGUUGUUAUGGGUGUGAGUAUAUAGGAAUGGUCUGUUGGUUAUUUCACUCAUGAUGUUAUUUAUUUUUCUAUGUAUUUUUCUCAGUUUCUUUCCACAUCGAAAGCAGCCUCUGGGUUCUCUGGCCUUGAACAGUGUUGCUUAAUAAAUAACACCCCUGCAGACAGUUUUUGCCCCAGCAUGGCACCAAAUGUUCUUGCUAUCAGUAAGUACUGUAGCUCCAUUCACCUCUCUCCGAAGUUAUCUUUUCUAUGUUACCCUAUAAGCAUUAUGAUGGUAAAUAUUUCCACAAAUAUCCAUUGUGUCAGGGCUUUACUUUUGUCAGUGCUGCUUCAAUCCCUCCUAUCUAGGCUAGUGUGGUGUUGAAGUGUUGGAGCGAGCUGUGCUAUUUCCCUGGCGCUGUAUGUUCCAUCAGGACCACUGACGGGAGAACAAUGUUUUGUUUUCACCCAUCUUCUCUAACAGCUCAGAUCGGAUUGUGAAAAAUAGGGUGGACCUGAUCUUUCCCUUUUUUCCACCACAGCACAAUUUUACCCCAGUAAAUUGGUCUGUGUUUGGCACUCUCUCUGCUUUACACCAGCAAACAACAACCCCCCCUGGAGCUAGGCUCUCCAGUACAUUUUCUCUCUUUCCCCUAUGUUGUGCUCUCAGCCGCUAAUGUAUCUUCUCUUAGAAUGUUUCUGUAAUAUAGAAACAAAUACAUUUUACUCUGUGUGGUACCCAUGGGCGAUGGUAACUUAAAGCCACCAUCUGUAAAUUGUUCAGUAAUAUGCAAUUAAUAAAAUAUACCCUGUAAUUUUGAAAAAAUACAUAUAAAGUCAAUUCUCAAAAUGAGAUAAGGACUACUGUCAUAACAAUUCAGAAAUGAUUUUGAAGAAUCACCUUGUCCUCUCCCUUUUCAUACAAUGUUGUUCUGUUAGCAAGUGGAGCUUUGUAAAAAAUAUCUUUCCAUAAUCAAGAGCAUCAUCAAUUUCAACAAAUCUUUGCAAUGCAAUAAAAUGAUAAAUGUUUGCAUACAUGACACCAAUAUUCUGUUGAAAUACUAACGGUGGAGGUGGAGGCAUGGUUCAAAACCUACAGCAGUUUUUCUUUUCACACAAAAUGCCUUGUUAUGGUAUACCUGUUGUUUCAGUCAAUCACAUCCAUUUCUAAAGCCCAUUUUACAUCAGCAGUUGCUUGUACAGAAACCCAGCUUAAAACCCCAAAGAGCAAGCAAUGCAGAUGUAGAAGCACAGUGGCUGGGGAAAACUGCCUACAAAGGAACCUAGUGAGAAACAUAGAGAGGAACCAGGCUCUGAGGGGUGGCCUGUCCUCUUCUGGCUGUGUCAGGAGGGGUUAUAAGGGUGCAUGGCCUUUUCCAUGUUGGUCUCCCAUUUGGUCUUGUUCAGACACAGAUCAAGGGUUUCUCUUUAUCCAUGGCUCUGACCAAUUCAUUAUAAGGGUCUGUGUUCCAAAUCACCUUGAAUAAUAACCUUUUCCUUCUUAUCAAACAUUUGAUUACAUGAGGCCCCAACCUCUUAUGACUUAAUUGUGUGCAUGUUAAAAAGUCAGUAAAUAAGGUAAUUAUUCACUGUUUAUAGCUCCUCCUUUCUAUACAAUUGCUAUGGUCAUAAUUAAACUGUAGUGCUCUGUAAAAACAAACUCUUUAGUAGA